GCGGCGCUCACAUCGCGUGGGUGAGAAACGCGGAGGACGUACCGUAUGAAAAUGUCGUGCAUUUUGGAUGUUCAACUUGCCAUGUAACCUAUAGCUAAAAGGAACGCAGUCACGUUUAGGCGUAACGACGAGCCUCUCAAUAUGUUAUAGUCACUGAGAGGUGAACUAGAAGGUGCGAAAACUAAUUUAAUCUCCUCUAUUCAACAUUUGAAGCUGCUGUUUUCUCUACACCAGGAGAGAAUGGGAGUGGAUAUUACAACCAGUUGGAUUAUCCAUAUUUGGAUUAGACAGUUGAUAGUUUGUGUAUGCGCACAGGUAGUCUUCUCCAAACCAAGCUGUGGCCCGCAUCAAUAUGUACGAGACAAAAGAUGCUGCAAAAAAUGUGAACCAGGAAAAUACAUGCUUGACCUCUGUACCAGUAAAGACGAUACCAUUUGCCGGUCUUGUGGACCCAAUGAAUAUCAGCCGGAUUGGAACAACGAGACCAGGUGCCUCACACAGAAGUUCUGCGACAGAGGAAGGGGCUUUGAGCCAGACCGGCCGGAGAACCACACGGCGGCGGUGCCGUGCCGGUGUCGACCCGGUCUCCAGUGCUCCCUCGUCAACUGCGAGUACUGCGAGAAAAUGCCCGUCUGCCGGCCCGGAUACGGCAUCACCGUGGCAGAAACGACGGGCCGGGGGUCCUGUGCGGAGUGCCGACCGGGGCUCUUCUCCAACGUGUCUUCUGCGAUCGAGCCCUGCAGGCCGUGGACCGAUUGCAAAGCGCUGGGGAGAGUGGAGAAGGAACCAGGGACCUCGGAAACGGACGCAGUCUGUGGGCCUCACGUUCCCGGCAGCACCAUAUCCUGGGCUAUAGUGGCAGUCCUGUCAGUAAUCACUGCGAUCUCUCUGGUCAUCCUGUUCCUGUUCUGCUGCAAAGAUAAGCUGAAGUCUCUCACUGAAAAUGUCCGAACAUGCGUGCAGGACCUGAAGCGAAAUUCUAUGCUCCAGGAAACGGCGCUGACUCCCUACGACGGUGUCCACGGGACACAGAACCGCACCCUGGAGAUCACCUGCCUGAUCCGCCAAGAGGGGGACCCCAAGGCCUCCCAGUGCGCCUCUGCGGGGGGGAUGCCGGAGCACGCCGCGGCUGUGCAGACCACAGGGGGCGCCGGUGAGCCGUCCGCGGGCGCCUGCAGGGAGAGCUGGGAGCCCGCCCCCGCACCCCCUCCCCCCUCCUCGGGGUCCGGCUCCGGCUCGGGGUCCUGCAGCUGCGCGCUCUCCCUGAAGGAGCCCCUGGAGGUGGGGGAGAACGAGGACUGCAGCCAGGCCGUGGCCCCCCCCUGCUCCUGCCCGGACCGCGCGGCGGAGCGCCCCCUGCUGGAGCCGCCCGUCUGCGAUGGGAACUGCUCCGGCGAGAGCCCGGCGGCCUGCCCCCGCUGCGCGCGCCCGCACGGGUCGUGUGACCCGUGCCCGGGCUCGGGCGGCCGGGUGGAGCGGCGGGGGGGCGCGUCGGAGGGCGGGGUCGGCGAGCGGGACUGCGGCGCGGGGGCGGGCCGCCGCAGUACGGACUCCGCUACUAAAGCGCCGCUCUCAUUGGUCAGCGACUGCGAGCCGGGCCUCCCUCUUCACCUGUCCACAGGUGACCUCACUCAGGGGCCUGAGCUGGAGGGCGCCAGUCACUCUGUGGCAGCUGGUCAUGUCACGGGAAACAGUAACACCACUUUCAUUUCAAACGGACAAGUGAUGAACUUUAGUGGAGACGUCAUUGUGGUGUACGUCAGCCAGGACUCUCAGGCUGACAGUGGAGACCUGGAGGAGGCUUUUCCCAAUCCUGUCCAGGAAGAGACCACCAAGGAAGGCUUUGAGGUGGUCACUAAGCCAAAGACAAGCCAGCCGCCACAGGAGAAUGUGUCAGUGUUCUGAAGAAAACCCCCUCACCAGAGGGGGAAAUGGAUAGGUCCAACCGGCAGGAAUAUGUGUGGAACCGAGAACUCUAAGGGGUGAUCAGGGAAAGAAAUGGCCUCUGGGAAAUGUAGGCGUGAAGUCGAUCUGAUUUUAUUAUAUCGUUUUGUAACUUGGAUUAUUGUCAUAGCAUCCAGAAUACUAUGAAUUAUGUAUUGAAAAUAAAUGCCAUGCAUUUGUUAA